AGGUCCCUUCAAUAUACUUUCCCAUUUGUAUGUGAAAAAUGGCGGAGUGUGAGGUUGCGUUGGAACUUCACGUUUGAUAAUAAAUUUAUACUAUGCAGUCAAUAUAUAUGAUUAUAUUAAAUAUUUCAAUAGUGUGAUAUAUUGUAUCUAUAAAUUAAUGUAGUGAAGAAACAUUUCGAAGUUAUUAUAUUCUCUAUUGUAAUUACGUUUAAAGUAAUACUUGGCAGCUUUGUGAAGAUAUGGAAGGUCAGUCUGUAGAAAAUAAUACAGAGGAAUCUGUGUCCACCAAAUCUACUGUUAAAAUACACUGUCCUGUAUUAACAGCUUCAAAAUUUGGGAAUUCAUUUGGAGUCAAUGAAUUCUCUAAUAAGCCAAGAUCAACAAUAUUGAGGCCUUCGCAAUUAGGUACAAUUGCGAACAAUACAUCUAUAAAUAAAACGGUAUUGCAAUCUCCAAAACUUAAUAAUCCAUUUAUAAAGUUAACUGAUGAAUCUAUAGAGAAUGAUAAUAAUUCAACUACUCAAAAUGAUACAAAUGAAACAAAGGAAUGUAAAACUGAAGAAAAACAAGCAGAAGAAAUAGUACCAAAAUUUUUACCAUUAUGUGGGAACAUAAAAGAUAAUGAGAGCAAUGUAAAUAAUACAGUGGAACCUAGUGCUUCAGAGCCUAGUUUCAUAUUUGGUCAGAAUCUGAAAGAAAGAGUAACUGUUCCCAGCGAUACUGGAGAUCCUGAUAGUUUAGAAAAAGAAGAAACUAAGAAAGAGGAAACUAAUGAAAAUGGAUCUUCAGAAUUACUUUUCUCAAAUGCAGCAGCUAUUUGUCGUUCAGCUAGUCGGCCAGGUUUGACACUAACACAAGCAGCACAAGAACUUGAAGAGGCAAGUCGAGCAAAUAAAAGAAAAUAUAGCCAAGUAACAUUAUUAACUGGAGAAGAAGGAGAGACAAAUGUUCUCCAGAUCAAUUGUAAACUUUUCGCAUUUGAUAAGGCUUCCAGUAGUUGGCAAGAAAGAGGCAGAGGAACUCUUCGAUUAAAUGAUAGAGAUGAGGAAUCGCGUUUAGUAGGACGUACAGCUGGGACACAACGAUUGAUUCUCAAUACAAAAGUUUGGCCUGGUAUGACUGCAGAACGAGCAUCGCCAAAAUCCUUGAGACUUACUGCGAUGGAUGUGCAUGGAGAUAUAAGAAUUUUUAUUGUUCAGGCAGUACCCAAAGAAAUCGAACAAUUAUACAAUUUAUUGCUACAAAGAAUUAAGCGUGCUCAAGAACGGCAACCUAAAAAAUUAGCGACUGAACAACACUGACAGUUGAUCGAUUGUACCAAUAAAGUGUUACCCCUAUACAACUAACUUGUAAAAAAGCAGAAAUCACUAACGGGUAAAAAGGCUCAAAUUCAUUGAAACGUUAGGUUCUAUGCAGCACGCGUGUUAAAAGCUACGAUUUGUGCCUUCCCUUGGAAAAUGUGCACUUGUCGAUAUAUCGCAUAGCUAUUUGUAAACGAAAGCUGUGUUGCAUUUUUUAUGAAUUCUUCAAUUUAUUUUUUGUCACUAAUAAGAAGUCUGUACGUACGAUCAUUCCCAAUUAAUAUUCUUUAUGCGGAAUUUAAAAAUAGCUUGAAAUGUGUGGCAGUUACAGAGUUAGACAUUUGAAAUAGUUAAUAUAAAUUAUACAUAGUUCAUAAAAUGUGUACCAUAAAACUAUGUAAUUCAUUUUUCUUUUACUUUUUAUUCAGAUAUACAUAAACGUAAAGAAAUUGUAUGUUCGUACAAAAAAUUACUUUUUUUUUUAUAAUAAGAUGUAUAAUUAGUAAUUAUACUCUAUUAUGUAACAUACGAGUGUGAUCGUAAGAUAAUUCAUUGAAAGAUUGUACGGAUAGUAAUGUAUUCUUAUUACAGUUAUAGUACCUAUUUUAUCUUAAAUGUAAAUAAAAUCUUAAUCAGGCGGUAAAAGACAGAA